AUGUCGACAAAGGCAGAUAGAGCAUGCAUGCUAUGCGGGAUAAUACAGUCGAUGAAGUCAUUUCGUACUAAAGGGUGUCCCAACUGUGAGUCUUUAUUACAUUUUAGCGGUGAUAGUUCUCAAGUGGCAGAAUGUACUUCCCCUUCGUAUGAAGGACUAGUGGCUUUAGGACAAGAUAGCAAAGGAUCGUGGGUGGCGAGGUGGCUAAGGAUAGACGGGUUUGUACCGGGGCUAUAUGCGGUUAAAGUGAAUGGACGGUUGCCGUUGGAUAUAGUUGAUACCUUAGAAGGGUUGGAUAUUCAUUACAGACCAAGAGACGGAACUGCAGAGGAUUAG